AGAUUGCAACCUUUGACCCAUGUUCUGACAACUACAUUUCCAAUUACUUAAACAUUCCUCAAGUACAAAAAGCUCUUCAUGCCAAUGUCACUGCUCUUCCAUAUCCAUGGGAGUCUUGCAGGCAAGACAACAACACAUCAUUCACUUUUCUUCUUCUUUUCAUUUAAAUUAAAUUUCUUUCUUAUAGAAAUUCCAAAAAGCUUUGGAGAAAGAAGAAUUAUUCAUUUUCUCUGUUUUGUAAUUUUCUUAAAAGAACAGCGAUAUGGUAGAAAAGCUUUAUCAUGAUUCUCCAUUAACAGUACUUCCGGUGAUUAAAGAGCUUAUGAACAGUGGGAUAUCUGUCUGGAUGUAUAGUGGAGAUACAGAUGGUAGAGUACCAGUAACAUCUACUAGAUACUCUAUUAACAAACUGACAACUUCUGUCAAGACCAAAUGGUACCCAUGGUACAACAAAGAACAGGUUGGUGGGUACGCGAUCGAAUAUGAGAACCUAACAUUUGUAACAAUAAGAGGCGCCGGACAUUUUGUUCCUAGUUACCAACCAGCUAGAGGUCUUGCUUUCCUCAAGUCCUUCCUUGAAGGGAAACUUCCACCUUCAUCUUUUUAACCAGCAUGAAUAGAUGGUGCACAUUUCAGAGGCCGUAGUACCUUGCAAAUCCCUAUAAUAGCUAAUCUCUAUUUUCAUAAUCCAAUAACUUUGUCGUGUGUAAGGUUUGUGGGUACACAAAUCCUGUCUUUUACCUAUUUAUACCAGAUUCCAGUGUACCCCAUAUUCUUGUUGAAUGAAGAAAUUUGAAAAUGAUCUUUCGAUUCUUGUUGAAACAAAGACAUACUCCCUACUUGCAGAUGCUGACAUGUUUACUAGAGAGUAUGAAUUGAACAAGUAACAUAUAUAGCAAUUUAAACUUUAAUUAGGAGUGUACGAGCAAUUUAAACCUUUUAAUUGAGAGUGUACGAGUCAUGGACAACCAUUCCUUGCAAGGCGGAUUCCAAAGAGAGUUGGACCCAUGCGAUUUGACGAAUUUAUAUGCUAAUAAGGUAUCCUAA